GUCGAUAUGUUAAGAUUGACUUUAUCAUCAACUAUCAAAUUCCGAAUAACCAUGGAAUGGUCGGUCGUCAGAAGUGGAACGCUUGAUCAAAGUCAAUCUUUAUCUGAUAAUUAAAGAUAUCCGCAUCGUCCGUCAACAAUCCAUGACGUCACGACCCCCUGCCUCCCUCAACCCUAAUUUAAUCCUACUUUCUUUCAACCUCGAGAAUUAAUCUCCGGACUGAUCUCCAGCGGGAUCGACGCCGGACAGCAUGUCCCACCAAGAUGAUCCCCCACCCGUGAACCGAUUCUCGCGCGCUCUCUGGCACUUCAGCCCGCAAUGGUUCCUGGUCCCGCAAGGAACCGGCAUCAUCGCCGUGCUCCUACACCAACUGCACUACCAAUUCGGCGCACUUCCUAUCCUCGCCAAGAUCGUCUGGAUCUACACAAUUGUGCUAUUUGGUCUCACUCUAGCCCUUUACAUCUUGCGCAUCAUCAUCCACCCCCAUCAUGUCCUUCACGAGCUCCGCACUAACCUCCUCGAAACCUCCUGCCUCGCCAGCAUCUCCAUCACCUUCACUAGCAUCAUCGAGAUGGUCAGUCUCCAAUACGGAUCCACCGCCGGCCUCGCCGCCUACAUUCUCUGGUGUAUCAGCACAGCCCUCGCCAUCCUCGCAGUCAUCCUAAUCCCUUACAUCCAACUGAAACUCCAACCCCCGGAUAUCGAACACAUCCCUCCUUCCAUUCUCCUCCCUGUCAUCGCAGCCCUCACCUCCGCUGCCGGAGGCGGCGUCAUCUGCACCACCACGACCAUCAGUCCCCGCCUCCAAGUCCCCGCCAUCAUCAUCUCGUACCUCGAGAUCGGAACCGGGUUCGCCCUUGCCCUCGCCUUCACCGCCAUCGUGCUCCUCGAACACUUCAACCGAACAUAUCCCACUCCGACAAAAGUCUACCAGGAUAUGGUUAUCUGUGGACCCUUCGGACAAGGUGGAUUCGCGCUGCAGGUUCUCGGUACCGCCGUCUUACAGGGCUCCUUUGCGUCGUAUAACCGCGGCAUGUUCCUCACUGCCGAGGCGGCCCGUCCGAUCGCGUAUAUUAGCCAAUGGGCUGGGUUGAUGUCCUGGGGCUUCGGUACUUUCUGGUGGUGUUUUGCCAUCGUGAGUAUCUUGCAUACGUUACUGGGUCAGCCUGGGGGGUGGAGAGCGACAAGGUUCAGUAUGGCGGCUUGGGCGUUGAUCUUUCCCUGGGGCGUGUAUACCAAUUGUGCGGUGCAAUUGGGGAAGAUUAUGGAUUCGCCCGCGUUGCAUGUUUGGUCGACGGUGCUGGUCAUACUGUUGGUUGUGAUGGCUAUUUGGUUGAGUUUGUGUACUGUCAAGGCAAUAGCGACAGGAUCGGUGUUUGAGUUGGAGAAUGGUUGGAGGAGAAGUCGAUUGGAGGUAUUAGAUGGGGGGAAGCUUUCCUAGUAGUUUAUUGGUUUAUAGUACGGUCCUGGG